AUGGCCUCGGUCAAACAGGAAGGUGUGGAGCAGCAACCGGCACACAUUAAAAAAGAGGACUGUGAGUCGGGCGCACCAGAGGGUGUGUGCGUUAAGGUGGAGGACUGCGAGGAAAGAGUUUCCGUUUUUAAAGAGGAGGAGUGCAAGGAGGAGUCUGCUGAGAUUAAAGUUGAGGACCUCAAAGAUUUCUCAUUUGGCCUUGCACUGCAAAAAUGUGAAGCUGGCCCAAUUUUCAAGCGAGAUGUGUGUGAAGAAUCUCUUUCCAGUUUGCAGCCCUGGGUCACUAAUACUGGACAACUGGCUACUGUUGAUAUUUCUGUGGAAGUGAAAUCUGAGUUAUCGGAACGUGAGGAGAAAAUUAAUGAAGAAGAUGGAAGAAAAACAGAACAGCAGCUGGGAAAAAAUUUACAGGAGAAAGGCAGCAUCUGCACAUCUUCAUUUGCUCAGACCUCUCUUCUGGACUGUGAGAAGACGAAGAAACCAACAAGUGAAUCAGAGAACCUGACCACAGCCUUUUCCCAGUGUAGUUCACUUCAUGCUUCUACAGUAACACAGGCCGAGGCCAUUAAAUCUUGUCAACAAGAAGUGAGUAAACACACCCAAGUUGAAACUGGAGAAAAUCUUUACUGUUGUUUGGAAUGUGGCAAACAAUUCUUACACAAAAAUAGCCUAUAUAAACAUAAGAAGAUUCACACUGGUGAGAAACCGUACAGCUGUGCUGAAUGUGGCAAAUGUUUCUUAGAGAGAGGUAAUCUUAAUAUCCACAUGAGAAUUCAUACCGGCGAGAAACCCCAUUGCUGUUCAGAAUGUGGCAAACGAUUCUCACGAAUUCGCAGUCUUCAGAACCACACAAGAAUCCACACUGCAGGAAAACCUUAUUGCUCUCCCGAAAGUGGCAAACGAUUCUAUGACAGUAGUGGUUUACGGGAGCACACAAAAACUCACACUGGAGAGAAACCAUAUGUUUGUUCUGAAUGUGGGAAAAGGCUUUCCAACAGUAGCAGUUUUCGGAGGCACAAGCGUACUCAUACUGGGGAGAAUCCAUACGUCUGCUCUAAAUGUGGGAAAAGCUUUUCCAGCAAAAGUGCUCUUUUUAAUCAUGACAAAAUACAUGCAGGAGAAACACCUGAAUGUGACCAUCAAGUCUCAGCCAGUAAUGACCUUCAUGUUCUUGAAGGAACCCGCGCACAUGAGAAAACUCAUAGCUGUUCUGAGUGUGACAAACAUUUCUUAGACAGCAGCAGUCUGAACAGGCACAUGAGGAUUCACACUGGAAAGACUCUCCAUUCAUGUCCAGAAUGUGGCAAGCAAUUCUCUAUACUCAGUCGUCUUCAGAAGCACUCAAGAAUCCAUACUGGAGAAAAACCCCAUUGUUGUCCAGAAUGUGGGAAAAGAUUCUUAAAUUUACACAAUCUUAAGUGUCAUAUCGGAAUACACACUGGAGAGAAGCCUCAUUGCUGUUCAGAAUGCGGGAAGAGAUUCUUGCAAAGAGGCCACCUUCAACAACAUAUCCGAAUUCAUACUGGAGAGAAACCUUAUUGUUGUUCAAUAUGCGGGAAGGGAUUCUUACAAAGAUGCCACCUUCAACGACAUAUCCAAAAUCACACCGGAGAGAAACCUUAUUGUUGUUCUGAGUGUGGUAAGCAAUUCUCCAACAGUGGUUCCCUUUGUAGCCAUAAAAGAAUGCAUACUGGUGAGAAACGUCAUUUCUGUUCUGAAUGUGGCAAGCAUUUUUCAAACAACGCCAGUCUUAAUAUCCACAUGAGAAUUCACACUGGAGAGAAACCCUAUGUUUGUUCAGUAUGUGGCAAACGAUUCCCACAAAGACUUGGACUUCAGAACCACACAAGAUUUCGCCAUACUGGAGAAAAACCUUUUUCUUGCUCUGAGUGUGGGAAAAGUUUCUGUGACGGCAGCAGUCUUCUGAGGCCACAACAGCGACCAAAGUUGCGGAAGGUGAGACAAAGCCCUACGCGUGGGAAUGUCAAGUAUGGGGGAUAA